GUCAAAUGCUGUCUGAGUUUGUGCUGUGUUGGAUCAAUUGACCUGCACAUCAGUUGGUUCAGUGCAAGGCUCUAGAAGACACUGGAGUAAGAGACUGAUUCAUGUCAAACCAAUGUAAUUUUCUCUAGGAGACAUUUGACAGCACUUCAUAGUAGGCAUGCUUUUGGCAUGGUCUGACUUCACUGUACCAUAAACAAACAAGUGAUAUAGUCAAAAAUAGACGUUGUGGUUUGGGAACCUUUAUUCCAAAGAGCAGCUCACAAGUAAUUGUCAUCUGGAAAGACGGAAAAUGAGGACUGCACAAAGGGCUGCUCCAGGACUUGGCGAUCGAAGGACCUCUGAAGUCCAUGGACAUCACUUCUCCAGGCCUGGCUGGGUCGGUGACACAUUGGGCAAGAGGGAUGGGAUCUGCUCACCACCUCUCAAGAUCAGGUUGGAACAGGUUGUGAUGAAGCAAGGGGAAAAAGCACCCCCAAGCAAAGUGCUGUGCCAUCAGCUGCUCGGCUGUAGUGCAGAUCUUUUGAAAGAAGCACGAUGAUGAAUCGGGAAUUUGUUGGCCAUACCAGACUUGUGACAACAGCAAAGCACCAAAGCAGAACAAGCCAACUGCAAACACAAUCAUUGAUAUCAUUGAUACAAACUGAGCUACCCACAUACUUGAAGCACUUUUAUUUUUUAUUUUUUAUUUUUUUUAUUGGUAAAGCUCAAGUGAUGUCCAGUUGUUGGCAUUGACUUUCUCAAAAGCAAACUGUGGACCAGGUCAGGUGGGGGGCAAGGAGAAUGAUUGCAGGGCUUGAAAACACAGCCCAGGAGGGAAGAGACCUCACCACUCCCUUGUCACAGAGGUCUAACUACAAACGCUCGAUAAGCCAACCGGCUGGUAUGGUCCAUUGACUACUUAUGGCUCCCUUGGCCGUAAUUUAGUUGCUAUUGAUCUAGGGAAGGUGGGAGGGGAACAUCUGAACAGCGCUUGCUGCAAAGAGAACAGGGGCUUUACCAGGGGUUGGACUGGGACAGAGCUAGGUGCUGGGGAGGGCGAGGAGUUGGAGAAGGGUGGUGGUUGGAGGUGUUGGGGCCAGACUGGUGGAUCUGCUGCCGGGGCUGUUUGGAUGCAGCUGAUCCUGCUCUGUGGGUGGGCUGGAUGACUUACGGACAUCCUGAAGGCUCUGUUUGAAAAUAUUUCAAACCAUGAUGUUGCUAGAACUGGGUCUGGUGGAAGAUGAUUUUUAAGGUGUGUUCCAACCCAAAACCAGUCUGUGAUUUUAUAGGAUACAGACUCUGGAAAAUGACUUGGGAAGGUUGACUUUUCCCUGGAAGAGUGAAGUUUGGAGACUAAAUUGUUUGUCUUUUUCCUAUUCCUCUUCACGUUAGAGGCAGGAGGGGAUACAGACCACCUCUGAGUAUGACUGUGAGCUUUGGAGCGAUGCUUCCAGCAGCAAUGCCGACGCUGCUCAUGGCUGCUUGCACCGGUGUGCCUGCACACGGGCUGCUCGUGCCUCCCCCUGCACAGCAGGAUGAGGAACCACCCCAUUUCCCUCCAUUCCUUGUGUUUCAGAUCACCUUCUACGAAGACAAGAAUUUCCUGGGCCGUCACUACGAGUGCGACAGCGACUGCCCCGACUUCCACACCUACCUGAGCCGCUGCAACUCCAUCCGUGUGGAAGGAGGCACCUGGGUGGCCUACGAGAGGCCCGACUUCUCGGGGAACAUGUACGUGCUGACGCAGGGCGAGUAUCCCGACUACCACCACUGGAUGGGUCUGAACGACCGCCUCGGUUCCUGCAGAGCUGUCCAGAUUCCGAGCGGAGGCCGGGGUCACAUCCAGGUGUUUGAGAAGGGAGAUUUUGGCGGGCAGAUGUUCGAAGCCACCGAAGACUGCCCUUCCAUCAUGGACGAGUGCCGCAUCCGUGAGGUCCACGCCUGCCGGGUGCUGGAGGGUGUCUGGGUUUUCUACGAGCACCCCAACUACCGGGGCAGGCAGUACCUGCUGCCCAAGGGGGAGUACCGCCAGCCCGUGGAGUGGGGAGCCGUGAGCCCCGCCGUCCAGUCCUUCCGCAGCAUCGCCGAGUGAGCAGAGAGGAGCUGUCCCCCGCACCCCAAUAAAGAAGUUGAGUCUCUCAGUCCAGCCUGUCCUGCUUCUUCCCUGCGUGUGAGCCUGCCUCCCAGUUGUCCCUGCCCUGGUGGAGAUGAUGUGGAGCUGAGCCUCCUCCAGGCACAGCCUCCAUCUCCGCUGUCCUCCUCCUCUGCGCUGGCCCCAUCCCCUCCAUCCCUCUGCU